CCUGAACCCUUGACUGCCCUUCGAGGCCUCCUUCAUACCUUCCAUGCCAUAAGAAGGCUUCGAAGCUUUGGACCCUCGGACACUGGGACUCUGACAGGAACCCUAGUUUUCUUUUCCAGAACCGUUGGUUUCACAAAUUCCCUGUUUCUGCAACAUGUUCUCUCAAACUGCUCUGAAAACCUUGAGUUUCCAUAGACUUCACAUGCUUUUCAGGCAUUCCUCGCCUUUAGAUGGUCGUAAAGGCCCCCUAUUUGCCUCCAUUUUCCUUCUUUUCAACCCUGGAUUACCAAAAGACUCACAAAUUAGGGUUUCAUCCUUCUUUUCUUCUUCGGUUCCUCGAACUAUGCCUUCUGUUGCUCUCGAUGAGAUUUCUUCAGAUGAAAUCCAUGAACUGGGCAGUUAUCAGCCAGUGAAAUCCCCACAAGAAAAGAAACCAUUGGAUGAUUUGUUCAGAGAAGCAGUUGGGUUGACUAAGCCCAGCGUGAAGACUUUGAAGAACCUGAAAUCAAAAGAAAUUCAGGAAAUGAGGAAGAAAAUAGACGAUCUAGAGAGAGAAGUUAGGUUUUUAAAAGAGAAGAAGAAAGCACCAGCUGAGAAAGAUUCUGGACAAAAAGAAUCGACUCAAAGCCUUUCUUCUCUCUUUAGGAGGACAGUAAGUUACAAUAAGACUGCGGUGGAAACAAGGAGGGAAAAGUUAACAACGAGAAUUGAAUCAAGUGAAACAGAGAAAUAUGAACUUGAACCUGAAGUCAUUUCAUUUCUGAAUCAUUUGAACGAGCAAGGUUAUUUUGCAAAUGCGAGAUUUUUGCGAAAUGGGGAACUUGAUUUGGAACGUUUAAACACUGCAUAUGCUCAAGGAUUUAUUAGGUCAGCUGCCGAGAAAUAUGGGCAUGAUAAUGCAGAAAUUGCAAAAUGGUUGUCAGGCAGUGACUUGAAAAAGAUAGCCCUCUUUGGGUGCCCAUCCACAGACACAAAAACUGCUUCUGCUGCUAAAAGAUUGCGAUCUUUCUUCAACAUUCAGGAAGAUGUUGUUUGUCGACCCUGCAUACUUAAGGAGUUAUGCAAGGUGAGAAACCAAGGAGUGCUUAAACAGGAGAAGGUGGUUCUAUCUGAUGUGAUGAGAGUCAUUUGCUUCUAUGCCCUUAAUAUGGUGCCACGGGAGCUGUUGGUUCCUCAAGUGAUAAAGCAGUCUGUCUGUAAAUUAUUGAAGGAGGUGGUCAGUCUCAGUGAAUAAGAGGGACGUUGUCGCGGGGCAAUUCAGGCAGAUGGGUAUGCAUAAAUGAAAUCAGAGCAUGCCUAUUCAUGUACGAUGGCUCGUAAGCACAGUUAGAUGCACAUCUCUGCCAUUGAAACGGAUGAGUGCUUUUUUUUACUAGUCAUGGGAGAAGGGAGUGUGGUCUUUAGCACUUUUUGACGGCCAUGUAGCCAUAUGUGGUGUGGUGUAUUUUUUUGCGGCGCUGUCAUGUUCGUUGCCAGUAAGGACGAAUAAUUUAUGGGAUGAAGUUGAAGCUUGCAGACUCAUCAAAUUGAUCUUGGUUCUAAGGAAUAGCUAUGCUCAAAUUGGCAAUAUUUUUGGUUAGAUCUUCAUUCUCUACAUCAUAGUGAUUACUUCCAUUUAUUACGUAUACUUUGCAACGACUCUUUUUUGCUGGUCGUUGAAGCUGUUUACUGAGGGGGGCGACUCUCUCAUAACAAUUGAAGUGAUGGAAAUGUGGGAGGGUUUUCCAUGGUGAUCCCUUGGAGUUCAUUUCAUGUGGUCUUUUGACAAAUUUGAAACGAUUAGGGCAAAUCGAUGUUGCAAAAUCUUGAUCAUCCUGAGGCAAUUAUAAGAAUGGGAGUUAUUCAGUUGUUGACUUGUGUGGCAAUUGCAAGAAGGAAACUGGUCUCAUGCGGGCGCAUGACUGCAUAUGUGGUCCAAAAAGUGUAAAGGAUCCAUCUUUAAGAUUGCGAUUGAUGCAAGCCCACAUUUCUACAUUUACGGGCUUGGCCGGACAAAAACCAGGUCCUUGCAAGAAUGGGUGUUAUUCAGUUUUUGACUGGUGUCGCGUGAUGUUGCCAUAUGAAGUGGUAAAAUCUCUCUCUACCAAAAUCCACCUUGUUGAGGUAUUAUUAUUUUCUACGGUUCAAGAGAAGGGGAAUAUUUCUGUACGC